AUGUCCAACUCGCCCAACACGGCGCUGCUCAGCCUGCCACCGCUCCGGCCGUCCCCGUCGAAGCAGAACUCGUUCACCCGCUCGUCGCAGACAACGGCGACGAGGCGAGGGCGCAGCAGCUCGAUCGUGUCGGUCCAGGAGGUUCCAGAGACGUACGACGACCAGCUCGACCAGGGCGCGCUCACAAACGUCAACGCGGACUGGGUCAACUACAAGGGAGCAUGGUUGAUUCACGUCGUCCUCAUCGGUCUCGGCAUCAUCCUCCUCGAGACCAUACCGGGCAUCACGCAGGAUCUCGCCUGGACCAUAGCCAACCUCGGCUACCUCUUCGUCUCCUAUAUCAUCUUCCACUACGUCACGGGCGUGCCGUUCGACAUGACCAACAACUCGGGCGUGUACGACAACCUGACGCUGUGGGAGCAGAUCGACUCGGGAGCGCAGUACACACCGGCGAAAAAGUGGCUCACGACGCUUCCCAUCGUCCUCUUCCUCGUCUCGACUCACUACACCCGCUACGACUCCCAUCCCGCCCUCUUCACCCUCAACCUCUGCGCACUACUCUUCGUCGGCCUCGCACCGAAGCUCCCCGCAUUCCACCGAUUGCGAAUCAAGUUCUUCGACGCGGGCGACAUCGGUCCAACGCCGGAUCCGUCCGCACCACCCACACCUAAAGACGAGCAACAUCUCCGCUAG